AUGGCAUCCGAGCAGCCUGCGGGCGUCGAAGACCCCGCGCAAGCGCACGACGCGGCAACCUUCAACCAGUCGGAGGAGCGACCAGUCAGCGCCCUAGCUUCGCAGCAGCGCUUACCAUGGCAGCUACGCUGGCAACGAACCUUCAACGCACUGGGCGGCGUCGUGUCCAGGGCUCACGGCGGUAUUACCGAGCAGUUUCGGGCUCUCUUUGCGCGCCGGAUGGCCGCUGCCACUCCAGUGCUGCUAUUUCUGGGUGACUCGCUGACACGUCGCGGCCUCGAUAUCAACGAAUACGCUGGAUACACCUCCGUUGGCUGGGGUCUGCGACUCGUUCACGCAUACAACGGUGCGGCGGACUGCAUCUUUCGUGGUCUGUCGGGUUAUAACACGCGGUGGGCGCUGCCAGUGGUCCGGCAUCACCUGUCGGAUGUGGCACAGGAGCGUCUGCUGCUCGUUGGGAUCUGGUUUGGAGCGAAUGAUGCCGCAGCACCCGGUACUGCACAGUGCAUUCCACUGGAUGAAUACGCAAGCAAUCUUUACGAGAUGCUUCGGCUCAUACUGGAGCGCUCGCACGACGCAUCCCUGACCCUGACCAGCGAGAGGCAUCCGCGGCGGCAGCAGCACGGUCGAACGCCACCGUCGCUCGCAGCGGCACCGGCACCUGAUGCAUCGGAGGCGAAUGAGAUAGAGUCUGUUCGAUACCCUCGUGUUCUGCUGAUGACGCCACCGUGGGUAGACGAGGAAGCUCGGCGGCGCCAUAUCCAAAGCAGUCUCGCAGCGGAGCGCGCUGCGCCCGACGCCCACCAGCCAUCGGACUCAGGUCAACGAACUGAGUCUGAUCGUAUGUGUGCACGAACUAGACAGUACGCGGCUGCUUGUCGCCGUGUUGCUGCGCAGAUUCGACCCCGAGAUCGAGUCUUGCUCCUAGAUCUCUUUACGCAAAUCGAGCAGCUGCCUCCAGCGGAACGUUCCGGCCUCUUCAUCGAUGGACUUCACCUGAGUGAUCGAGGUCAGCGCUUCGUUUACGAUGCCAUUUUGGAGCUCAUCGCCCGCGAGGCACCGGAGCUGUCACCGUCGAGCCUGGGUCAGUUUGCGAUCCCGUGGUGCGAUAUAAAUCCAGUUCGCCCACAGGAGCAACUGGCUGUGUAUGACCAGCAGCGAUGGUGGUAG